AUGGAACUGGCCAAAGCCAUUUCCCACUUGGGCCCAGACCAUGAAGCUAUUGACCUGUACCAUCAAGCAGAGAACCUCUUCCAAAAACCUGGCGAUGUUGACUACACAAUGCUAAGCAUCUGCAUGCAGAGGGUGGCAGCUCUGCAGGGGAAGAACGAGAGCAGGGAGGAGCUGGCGGAGGAGCUGCAAAUUCCCAAGGACAAUGUCCUCGAUGGCAACAGCGUUCCUGGCUGA